CUUGCUUCACACACGGUUGACAGUGUAGGGUUUGAUAAAAACACCAGUGAUAAAAUCCCGCUGAAUUCCUGACAUAAACCUUCAGUGUGUGUUUGUACAAUGCUGGAGGACUCAAACACGCGCCAUCCCGAAAUCAUUGAAUGACAGACACGCUCAGAUCAUCUGAAGCGCUGCGAAAUAUGGUGUUGUUUUGUUCAGUGCUGGACAGCGGCCCCGGGCCCCUGCUGAGAUCUUCAUCACUUUAAGCGGUCGUCUGAGGAUGUGUCUGCUUUGUAUAUCAUUCAGUGCUCUCCAUGCCUGUUUCAGGUAGGAAGUGUGUCGGGACGUCACUGAGUAAUGCCUGUUGAAAGUGGAAAUAGUGCAGCCGCCCGUCAAGUCAAACAAAAGCGCAAGUCGCACAGUCUAUCCAUUCGGAGGACCAACAGCACGGAGCAGGACAGACCAGGCAUGCAGAGGGACAUGCUGGAGGGACAGGAUUCCAAGUUGCCAAUGUCCUUGCGGAGCAACUUACUGGACCUGUUCGGACAGAUUGAACGCGAGUUUGAAAAUCUCUACAUUGAAAACUUGGAGUUGCGAAGAGAGAUUGAAUCGCUAAACGAACGUUUGGCUGGAGAAGGACAGACAGUCGAUGGCAGUGAUCUGAGCAAAGGAGCCUUGAAAACAAAAGCUAGUCACAGCACAAGCCAGCUGUCCCAAAAACUGAAGACGACAUACAAGGCCUCCACAAGCAAGCGCUCAAAUUCAUUCCCGGGGAAAGUAGGUGGACCUCGCAACUUCAAUGUGGGGAACUGGGAGUUAUGGGGUGGAGACUCAUGGAUUGUGUCCAGUUUCAAGGCCACCACGUCGCGUGCUGUGUGCCAGCUGGUGAAGGAGUAUGUGGGACACAGGGACGGGAUAUGGGACCUCGCCGUGACCCGGGUUCAACCACUGGUUCUGGGCACGGCCUCAGCUGAUCACUGUUCUAUGCUGUGGAGUAUUGAGACAGGGAGGUGCCUGUUAAAAUAUGCUGGUCAUGCUGGAUCAGUCAACUCCAUUAAGUUCCACCCUACAGAGCAGAUGGCACUUACAGCUUCCGGGGACCAGACGGCACACAUCUGGCGUUAUAUGGUACAGCUGCCGCUUCCCCAACCCCCGGCAGACAUUAGCGCCUCGCUGGACGAUGACGUAGACUUCUCUGAUAAAGACGAGGCUGACGGUGAGGCAGAUGGGCCCAGUGAAUGCCCCACCAUCCGUGUCGCCACAACAACCUUGAAGAGCCACCAGGGGGUAGUGAUUGCAGCUGAUUGGCUGGUGGGUGGAAAGCAGGUGGUCACGGCAUCCUGGGAUAGAGCCGCCAACCUAUAUGAUGUAGAGACUUCUGAGUUGGUACACACACUCACAGGGCAUGACCAGGAGUUGACCCACUGCUGUACUCAUCCCACCCAGCGUCUGGUCGUGACCUCAUCCAGGGACACCACCUUCCGCCUGUGGGACUUCAGAGAUCCCUCCAUCCACUCAGUCAACGUCUUCCAGGGCCACACUGACACGGUGACGUCAGCCGUCUUCACCGUGGGAGACAACGUAGUGUCGGGAAGUGAUGAUCGCACCGUCAAGGUGUGGGACUUGAAGAACAUGAGAUCUCCGAUCGCUACCAUCCGCACAGACUCAGCCGUUAAUAGGAUUAGUGUCUCUGCGAACCAAAGAAUUAUUGCUCUACCACACGAUAACAGACAGGUCAGACUGUUUGACAUGAAUGGAGUCCGUCUGGCCCGUCUUCCGCGGAGCAAUAGACAGGGACAUCGCCGUAUGGUGUGCUGCUCCGCUUGGAACGAAGAGAACCAGGCCUGUAAUCUAUUCACCUGUGGCUUCGACCGACAGGCCAUCGGCUGGAACAUCAACAUCCCUGCCCUGCUGCAAGAGAAGUGAUGCGUUCACACCCACAACCCACAUAUACAAGCUUACCACGGCCCAUCCACGCAAACGCCAUCGACGACUCAAGCACAUUCUUCAGUGCAAUACCUGCAGUAGACUUAAAGUACAUUCAUGUUGGCAUCUACAAUCACUGUUCUCAUUAAAACUCAUCAUUUCAUGCCUAGAACAAUGUAUGUGAUGUCUGUGGAAGACAAAAGAGUCGUUAGAUUCAAGCACCUGAUGUUUAAUUUCAUGGAGAUUCUGCAUCUAGCUCUGUGCUGUCCGCUCUGAGGUCAUAUAGUGUGGUGAACUGGCUCCUUGUCUUGUUACCUUGUUUUUAAAUGUUUGCAUGACUUUGCAAGCCAGGGACAUUGCCAAAGCGUUCCGUCAUGGCCUGUUGCUGUUACGCUCAAAUAAUUUAUCUUUAGUGGUAUUUUUGUUGUGCAAUGUUCAGUUUGUUCUACGCACAGGUAACGUUUUAUUUUACGAUCGUAUUUUAGAUUUGAUUAGAUUUUUUGUAUAGACAUUUGCCUUGAUUUUAUAGAGACACGCCUUUGCUUGUAACAUUCAAAAGAGACAGAGUGCUCUGCCUUUGUGAAAGGAAAUCAGAAAUCAUAUUUAGGGAUACGCACCUUGAUGUUCUGAUUGGAAAUGCAGUUAAUGCGGCCAAUCAGCUUCUAUCAGUAUUGCCGGCAGUACAUUUGCAUGACAAACCCAGCUUCCUGUCAGAUAUGUGACGCUAAAUGCUGUAUAUUUGCUGUGAAAUCUUGCUCAACCAAAUGAAAACAAAAAAGAGGACUUGGCAAGACUUUGUAAGUAGUGUGGCUGUUUGAAGAGCCCAAGUUUGAUGUACAUUUGAUGUUCAAUUUAAUUUCAAGGGCCUUCAAGUCAUGUAAAAGUAAAUAUCUGAAUUAAUGUUAGUCAGAUGAAGAUAUUUGAUUUCACAACAAAUUUGCAUCUCUGUCACUGCUGUACUUCUUACAUAAAAGAGAGUUUUCGGCAGUGAGUGUGUUCGAGAUGUUAAUAUUUAUCUGUAAGUUUGGACCAAACAAUGUUGAUGAUUUGCUUUUGUGUGACCUACUGACGCUUUACAGGUUUGCAGAUGUACCUUUUUUGGACUCCUUGUGAUAUUUGAACCACUGUACCACUGUACUAUGUCUCCAGAAAACAUUGCUAAAGAUGCAGUCUCUCGCCCCAAUGCGAUUCAAGACAUUUAGAAUCUUUGAAGGUGCAGUAUGUAACAAUUUUCAUGUAAUAUUCGCCUUUUUUGCCAAUGUGUGAACGGCUUGUAACGCAACUUAAAAAAUGAGCCCUUCCCGGACUUCCUUGGUUGCCUAUUAAAGUAUGUGGACUGAUUUUCAUGCGAAGGGAGUGGGUCGCUUUUGCCGGGAUAAUCCAAAGGAUGUGAAGUUUGUGCACGCUUCCGAGAGCCUUCUACUGAAUCCCGUCUGACUAAGCGGGAACGUGAUCGUGGUCGAGCGAAAACUAGAGUGAACAUCGGCAGGGCAUUUGAUUCCUGGAGGGAACUUUGUUCAGUUUUGGGGCCAAAACUGACCCUGAAUUUGCAUUCUUCUUAUUGGACAGGUAAGAUUACAUAACUGCAAAGCAUCUGAAAUAUAGUGCCAUAAGUAUUCAUCUGUGUAAUUUUAACUAACUGGAUCUUGCCUGCUAAUGCUGACGAAUUUCAACGAUCUUCUCUUUAUACUAAAAAUCAGGUAUACAGGAUAAAUUCAAGCAAAUAUGCUGGUUUCUUUUUCGUAGUACAACAUAUGACAUACAAAACAUACAAUAGUGCAACAGUAAACUGUCUGGUAUAGUUCGGUAGUAUGUAGCUGUAUGUGUGUAUCAAUACGUUAUGUUAGCUGUAGUUUUAGUUUAGUCUCAAAGUUUGUAGUAAAACAAUCAUAACUGUAAUUUUAAUUAUGCUACCUCAUCUGUCAGCAAGAUGUCUGUGAAUCACUUUCAGUCUUUUUGUAUGUUACAUCAUUGUUUUGGCCGAUGCUCGAUCGUGUCCCUAUGGAGUGUGUGCAUGAGCAACAGGUAGCUGGCUGCAGUUCACUUAAUGGCCAUAUGUGUUAUUAAUAACAAGGGUUUCUGAAUCGUACACACUGCACCUUUAAAUGGAAGCUUUUCCAUCGGUGUUACAAUCAGUAUAGUUUCUGCAUUACUGGACUAUUAAUACAACUGCAUUGGAAUUUAUUAGAAAUGGAAAAGUGUUGAUUGAUUUUUUGUAGACGAAACAAUUCUUAGGUCUGACAAAAACAAAUUAUGCGAUGUGUAUUUGUGUGAUGUCUAUGUUAACUGAACUGUCUGUAUUUGACUUGAGUCGCAAUGUAUGCAAAAACAGCAUUGAAAUCGUUCAUCUUUCAUCCAGCUCUCAAAAACACAAGCGACCAUCAUGCACGCUGUUGACCCAUCAUAACGUCCUUUUAAAUGUUGGAGAUCUGACACUGUUGGUCGAAUUUACCUUGAUAUAACGUUCUGUGGAGUGUUCUGUAUUGAGACAUUUAUUUAAAUUUAAUUUUAGGGCAACCUAAUUUACCAUAUUGGGGAAACAUUACAUUGCAUCAUAUGAAGACAAUGUAUAGAUGUAGAAUCAAAAACACUCACUUGCUGGGCUUGAAAAUAAAGUGAAAAUUAUUUUCAACAUUCAAGUUCUUUCUAGUUUUCAUUA